CUCCAACCUCCGGCAGAGGCAGCAGGACGGUGGAGUGUGGAGGGCUACAAGUGCUUCUCUAUUAGACUUUCAUAGAGCAGCCUAGGAAAUGCAACAAUCAUCUGUCAAAUGGAUGCAAACAUAAGAGAGAGAGUUUCCUGAAGCAUGGCUUAGAUUAGAAGCCGUGGCUUGCUAGAGAGGAGUUCUGAUGGCUUGUAUGGAGCUUCUGUACCUCACCAAGAAAGGUAGGCGAUCAGAUCUGUGCAACAAUGUGGACUGGAGUUUUCAAGCCCCUCCCUAUGAACAGCAGAGUGAUGGGGACGAUAUGGGGGCUAGAACAGCAGCUGCGGUGGCAGCUCUCUGCUGUGAUAGGCACUGCAAGUCUACACAAAGGGCAGCCACAGCAGGUCCCACCCAGGCACCCCUUUCCUCCACUCCUACCCCCUCUUUCUCCUGGCAGCAUGCAGCAGCAUCAAGCAGCACCCAGCCCUGCUGCCAGCCAGCUCACUUGGAUGGAGAAGAGGAAGCAGAAAAGAAGAGAGCCUGUUGCUGUGCCCAGGAACUGGAGACAUCGUUUACUUAUAGGGAUGAAAAUGUCAAUCUGGAGCAUACGAGAAACGCCCCUUCUCCUGUGAAGAGUUGCUGCCAGAUUCCCCCUGCCCAGCAUAGCUCCUCUACAGAGAUCGCACCCGAUUGGGCUCAUGAUCCUACCUCCCUGAUCUCUGAGGAAGAUGAUACUGGAUCAGAAGCUGGUUCAGGGAAAUCUAUAGACUAUGGGUUCAUUAGUGCCAUCUUGUUCCUGGUUAGUGGGAUUUUGCUCGUUAUCAUUUCCUAUGUGGUGCCCAGAGAUGUGACUGUGGAUCCUAACACUGUAGCAGCCAGGGAGAUGGAGCGACUGGAGAAUGAGAGCGCUAGAAUCGGGGCUCACUUGGAUAGGUGUGUGAUCGCUGGGCUGUGUCUCUUAACUCUGGGGGGUGUGGUGCUGUCCAGUUUAUUAAUGAUGUCUAUGUGGAAAGGGGAGCUGUACAGGAGGAAUAGAUUUGCAUCCUCCCAGGAAUCUGCAAAGCUGUAUGGUUCUUUCAAUUUUAGAAUGAAAUCCAGCACAAAUGAUAAUACACUAGAGUUAUCAUUAGUAGAAGAAGAUGCAUUUGCUAUAGAUAAUUAGCAUGGUCCUGAUUUUUAAGGCAGUAUUUCUACAGGAAAAUAUGUUCUAUUAAAGAAAACAAAUUCAGCUAAAGAUAGGUAGUAAUGCAGUUUAAUUGCCUGGCAAUAAAUGUCUUUCCUUAAACUCUGUAACUGAAUGUUUGCAUUAUAAGGGGAAAUCUGCUAGGGAUAAUAUAAUCAAUAUCAAUGACACUUUCUUAUUUAAACCAUUGAAUAAAAAUAAAUUUGUGAUAACCAGGUUCCCCAAAUCUCCUUUAUCCUGUUUUUAAAAUAUUUCCCCCUAUUUAAUUUCUUAGUAGUUCAAUACAAAACACUACCAUCCUGUCAUGUUUGAAAGCUGUUAAUUAUUACAGCCUACAUGAGGAUUAUUAACAGUCUGCUUGAUAAUAUAUUAAGGGAGAGACCAAAUCUUGCAUUUAAUCCCAGCAAUUAAGGGUGACAGUCUCUUAUACUUUCUUUUUAAAACUGACCCCUUUUUUUCCUGACAUGAAAGCCCAGAAAAUACCAGUAGUUCACCAUGUAUUCAUUGAAAACACAGAUGUCUAAUUUAGAAUUCUCCACCUUUUAAUUCACAAACAUUCAAUUUAUCUCCAAGUAAUUGUAUAAUCAGCGAUGAUUAUUAAAAAUGUGAAGUAUGGGUGUGGCGCAGGGGAGUGAAUAGCUCAGGGCAUGGGUAAUAGGAGAAAAAGGGCCUUUCACCUCUACGUCAGCAGUUCAAUUUCACUCCAGAUCGGCAGGGACUGAGAAUAGUUAACUUGUGAUGGCUCUUUGUGAAAUAAGUCUAGUUCCAGAUGUCGGGGUAGAAAAACUGCCAUAAAUUGACACCAAUUGACCUCCUUGUUGGGAGUCUCAAAGAAGCCAAAGAUUGAAAGAGGAUGAAGAUGGAAACCUCUCUUGCAACAGAGGUUUGAAGCAAGUUGCAGGGCUGUGCUUGUGCUGAGGCUCUCUGUGUUCUCUUGAAAAAUAGAUUUUAAUCCACUGAGGCUGCCAACUCUGCACCUUUCACAACCAGUGAAAAAAGAAAAGGGGGCUGCAUUCUACAUGGGUCAGCGCAAUAGCGUUCUGUGCUCCACCAAUCAGCAAUCUACUUGAUUUUUUUUUUAAAUAUAGACUUCUAUAAAUAAUUGUCAGAAAAUAAAGGUUAGAUACCUAGCAAUCAGACUGCCUGGCACUGACUUCAUACAGUGUAGUAGCUGGUCAAAGAAAGGUGAUGUUAUCAGUGAAGUCUAUGUAGCACAAUGGCCAGCGAUUAAAUGCUGAGGGAAUAUACUUGGAUGUCUAACAUCUUCAAUGGAAUGCUAAAAUAGAUGUGUUUUUGUAACUUUUAUUUUGAGAGGAAAAAAUGAAAAAUGUUGUUGGUCCGUAGUAUGAUUUCUUAAUAUACACUGGUUAGGUAUGAGCUGAUCCACUGGCCAAAGAGUCGCUAAGGGAUCUAUUUGCACUGUCCCUGACAUUUUGGCCUUGCAGUUUUAAUAGACAUUCAUAGCUUGAGUGCCACAGUAUUGCCUGCCCCAAGCAUUAAAAAAUCAUGAAUCAGCCCUCUUCCUCCCCCCCCCCCAAAAAAAAAUCAUGAAAUUGGUUUAAAAAUUGAGGAUUUUAUUUUAAAUAUUUGAGGGAUUUUAUUUGCCUUCUAGGAUUUGAUCCUUUAGGGUGCUUUCAAAUCACAUUUUAAAAGCUUCUCUCCGCAGACAUGAGGAACAGAAACUUACUUUCUUUUUUGAGUGAAAGUGGAGAUUCUCAUGAAAACACUUGACUCCAGGAGCUAGGGCUGUAAGAAAAACACCAAAUAGCUUGAGACUCCUGACAAAAUAACCAGAGAGCUGGCAACACUCUGAGUGCUAUAGUUCUUGUCUUGGGCCUGAUUCUCCAUUGCCUUGCACUUUGUGAUUUUUGCACUGGUGUAAAUGUCUGUAAUAAUACCUAGCUCUUAUAGAGCUCUUCCUCCCUAGAUCUUAGUGUGCUUUACAGAGGAGGGCAAUAUCAUUAUCCCUAUUUUACAGAUGGGGAAACUGAGGCACGGGGCGUUGACAUGAUUUGCUCAAGGUCACCCAGAAAAGCAGGGACAGGGCUGGAAAUUGAAUGCUGGUCUCCUAAGUCCAUUCCAGCAUGCUGUUCACUAAACCACUCAGUCUGUCCUCCACAGGUUCAGGGUAACAGAGAAUCAGCUCCUCCUUGUCUGAUUCUGGAGUCUAAGAUUUUACAUUGUCACCUCGGAGUCUGGCCAACAGGCUGUCAAUUCUCAGUCUUGCAUAACUAGUGAAGAUUAUGAAUGCACCCCUUUGCUCUCACAUGGAGAGUAACCCACACUGUCUUUGCAGAGCAUGUUCAAAGUAAAUAUCUGCUUUGAAACACAAGGUGCUCUUAUAAGCAGAUUGACAACAGUUUGUGACUCAAAGCAGGAAAGGGGGAUAAUACACUUGAACUGUGCUCUGCUAAUGGGCCUUCUCAGGCUCUGAAUAAGUAUGUCUGGGGAUCAGCUUGUCUUCUAUGGUCUUUCUUUUAAUUCUGUCCCAUGUGAUUGGAGGGAGGUUUAAUUCAAUAUGAAAGGUAUGCAAAUCUGUUCCUUUGCACCUCUAUUUUGGUGGGUAUUGGGAGGGCAUAAUGAGGGAAAACACUGAAUAACCUAUUGUCAGCUGGCCUAUUAUGCCUUUCCAUCUGGCUGAUUACUUCAUAAGACAAAUGCCGGACUUGUGUUGGGCAUUCACUCCUUUGUGGUUCAGAUAGUCCUAUGUGCUUGCUCUGGGAUUCCCCUCAUAAAAAUGGGGCAGCAUUUAUGCAGCUAAUAGAUUUGGACAGCCUAAGGAAUCUAUUUGAAUUUCCAAGGUGUCCACUGAUGUAGCACCCAGAAGGAUUAGAACACAUUCCUAUCUUCCACUGUUUGCAUAUUGCAUAUCUGUAAGGAAUGUCAUGUUGUACCGGUGUUUUAAUGUUGGCCCUGUAGAGAGGUGGCAUUUCAAGUCUCAAGCCAUGCAGACUGCCUUUCUAAGGUUUGUCUACACUGCACACUAAGCCCAGGCUCUGACUCAGGGUUGAGCCCAAGUCCUUCCACCCAAAUCUGUCUGGCUUGGGUCAGCAAGUACUCAGGACACCAGUCCUAGGACCCUGGUAGGAGGUGGGUGAGCGCCCAAGUCCCACUGUGACUCGGGUCCAAGUCCUGUUAUUUUGCAGUGUGGACACAUGUCAAGCCUGAGUCAGAAGAUCUGCGUAGUGCUGGCUGGAUGCAUUAGAACGGCUCUGAGACCCAGUCUAACAACUGUAAAUCCAGGUUUACAAUGUAGCUUGGAUUCUCAAAUAUGGGCUUGGAAACACUGAGUCAACAAGCUUAUGUCCCACAGACCCAGACUUAGCAUGCAGUGUAGACUUAUCCCUCGUUCAUUGCUUGGCACUUAUCAGAGCAAUUGUAACGAAUGCACGAAGGGAGGAGUGUGUGUGUUUGAGGAGCUUGCAUUCCUACAGCCAUGUGGAUGUGCCAUCAUUAAUCCAGUUCUUAUCAGGAUUAAUUUUCUAAAAUCAAAAAUAACUCUCCUUACAUGGAGGUAGAAGCUGUUUUGGCCCAUUGGAAUCGGGCAGAAUGGUAAACGGAGUCACUGAGAAUUAUAAGACAUAGAAGGAGGAUUCUUCCCCUGCCCACCUCUUGCUCCAAUCUGCAAUAACCCAUACUAGUAGCAGAUAACUACCCAAACGGUGCUGACUCACAGUGAUAGUUGGAGGUGUGGCGUUCUGUCCGCCCCGGCCCUGCUGCUUAGGGAUUGCCAUGGGAGUAGUGUGGGCCCACAGGGCUCACUUACCCCUACAUGUCCAGACCCGAGGACCAGUGAAGCCUCACAGGGAUGAUGGGUGGAGAAUUACUACUCCCCCUUAUGCUGCUGAGUGAGCUUCUGAGGACAUGAUGUGGCCCUUAUUGAGAAGCCUGAGCAGGCAGAGCCUAACCAGAUUUCUUCUACUGUUGUUUGUCCAUAGAUGUUGAUAGGGUGAAGAAGCCUGUUUUGCCCAUUGAUGCUAGCCAAUAUAGCAUGUCACACUGAUGAGUCUGAUGAGAGCCCUUAGACUGGAGAGGAGUCCAACUGGAAGUGCUGCACUCUGACUUUUCAAUCUUACAGUUAAAAAGUCUAAAACGGAAGCUGUAAAUUUUGAGCUUGGAUGGAUAUUUUUAAAUUUAUUUGUUAACUAUACAUAUGUGUAAACUUGGAGUGCAUAUUAUAACGGCAGAAGGAUCUGAAAAAGAUCAGCAAUUUUUGAGGCUGUAAAGAUCACACAUUUUUGUAAGAACCAUGGCAGGCCUUAUUGCAGAUUAUUAGCACUAGAAAAGAAAACACUCCCUUUACUGUCAGCAUAUUAUUAAGUGAGACGUUUUCUGACACUUUGUAAAAGCAUUUCACAGAUCAUGAGUGAAUUAUUUUAAAAUGAACCCACAGGUUUUCCAUGAAUGUUUUAGGCAAAGAGAAGCCAACAAAAUGGUCUCGGUAUGCGCCGCGCAAUUGGGAGAAAUCUGAAAAUAUAAAUAAUAUAACCCAUGUGGUUUUUUUGCUUUAGUGUUACUGUAUAAAGGGGAGGGGAGGCUUCCAGAGAAGGAAAUGCAGGGGGAGGUAGGAAACAAAACUAUCCAGACUUUCCCAUGACCCCAUAUUGAGAUAUUUUGAGAGUAGAUAGGCUGGAGGGGGUUGGUGAUGAUAUAAAUGAAGCCUGUCACUUCUAGAUCUCUAGUUCUAGUACAGUACAGUAUGGUAGUGACCCAACGGUUCCCAGUAGACAAAUGCUCGCAUCACAAAAAUAGCCACCACAAUUGGCACCCUUGCAGGCAGACUCAGCAGAGGGUCCAAGGAUUGGAUUACCACCUCAUUACAGACAGAAGGGAUUUCUCCUGGUCUGAUUUGAAGCACAUUGAUGAAGCAGCAUGGGGGAAGCUUGCUCUCUUGUUGCCCGUGCUGUACCUAAUGUAGGGAUUGACAGAAAACUUCAUUCUUCAGGAAUGUAAAUCUGGCACUUUUCCUGAGGGCCAAAUUGGUUAGGGCUGGAUCUUAGGUGCAGGCCUGAGCAAAGGGUAUUGGUAAAUUUGGGAAGGAUUGGACUCAGACAGUACCCUCCUUGCUGCCUCCUCACUCUAAGGGUACGUCGACCUUGCAGUUAGAGGUGUGACUGCAGCGUACGUAAGCAUACUUGAGCUAGCUUUAAUUUAGCUAUCUCUGAUACCAACAGAAGAGAAGCCAUGUCAGCACAGACUUCAUUGUGGGCUCGACGCCUGAAUACGUAUCCAGGGUCCCGGGUGAGCUUGUAUAGUAUGUCCAGCAGUCACCACCCAGAUGUAGUAUGGACAUGCCCUAAGAGGGUAAUAAUUCACUCCUGGCCUAUACCAGCAAGAAAUUAUGAUGCCUGCUCUCCAGCUUCACCUCGUGACACCUCAGCUGCGCUGGCCAGCUGCGGAGUGGAGCCAAGACUCUGCCUACUCCAAGUUACUCCCCACCUACCUGCUUACUCCUGCAUGCCCAGAUCCAAGUAGCCUGUUUAAGGCAUUAAGGAAUUCUUUCUUUCCCUUAGUUCCCUGCGUGGGUGUGUGUGGUCCAGACCACGAUCUAACCCUGAAAGUCUAAAAGGUGAUUAACACAGAACUCAUUAAAACAUUAAAUGGCCAUUAAAAAAGUCUCUUGAUGGUUUUUUAGCCCAUCAGUUACAGACUUGUAACUAAUACUAAACAUUUGGAAACUGAAUAACCCCUCUUCCCUCCACCCCUUAGACUAUCACCAAAGAAAGGACUAACACAAAAUGAUCCUUAGUUCCAUUGUAAGUUUUGGUAACCCUAUCUGUUUUUCCACAGACAACCAGCUUUACUGUCUCACUGCCAUCCUCUACAGACAGAAGAAUUAAUUUUAAAAUCUCUCCUAGGAAUCUCUGUUGGGUUGUUGCUGUUUUUAAUAUGUUUACCGUUUUUAAUCUUGAUAAUCCCUUUUAAAAAACUGUCUGUAAUAACCAGUGUUUACCAAACAGGAAAGUAACUGAUUUAAUUUUGUAAAUCUGCAUUUUGAACUGCUAAAGACAAUGUUACAGUUAUUGUGAGCUAUUCAGUAGUGCAUCUGAUGCCUUAUUAUAAUAGUAAUAGUGUUCUGUACAGCUGUAAAAUAAAAAAAAUUGUAACAUUAA